GAAAUGUGUCCACACACACCAGUGCUAGAGACCUAUGUGAUAGCACAUAAUGUCAAGGUUAUGAGGAACCAUUAAAUUAGUUCCAUAAGUCAAAAGGGUUAUUACAGUUGUUUCUCUUAAAUAAUAUCUGCUCCUGCUCCCCGCCAUACUGCAUCACAAAUUGAUUACGCAUUUGUGAUAGGAUUUAGGGAAUAAAUUGUUCAAAGAAUGUAAUACUUUCCCCUGAAAGAAUAAUUUUCCCUUAAGCCCCCUGCAUGAUAUUGAAUAUGUUAUGAAGUCUGUUGGCAGUCAUAUUCCCAUGUUUGAAAUUUAUUUCUCAGGCAUAUAGAAGCCUGAUUCAGAUUGGGACCAUGGGAAGAAAGGACUUAAGCCCUUCCCCUUCUCACAGUUUUUUCCGGAAAACCAAUAUUUGCCCCACUGGCAAAACCUACAUGUACUGAUGACUUACACAUGAGUAUCCCCAAUAGCAGAGCUCUGGGCCAUCUCACAUCAGAAAAAUGGUGCAUUCCCUUCUCUUUGCCUCAUAGUUCCAAUGUGAAUCAGGCCUCCAAACACUUGAGAACUUCCAAAACACAUUUGUUGACAUAAUCCAGAAUAGACAGAAGGGGUUUAGUAUAUGAGCCCUCAGUAGUCCUUUGGAAGCCAGUCAGAAUUUUUCCUCUCACACAUUUUUUACAUUAAAAGGUAGUAAGUGUGUCUAAAUACAGAAUGAUGUGUGCUUCCAAUACUAACUACAUUAAUACCUGUUUAAAUGGUUAAAACUGAAAUUUAGCACUUGUUUGAUCAAGAAGUAUCUAUGCUUAAACCUCACUUCUUUCCUUAAAAUGUAAAUAAUGAUGAUUACUAUUUAUUUUAUGAAGUUUCUUGCUAAACCUUUAUCAAUUACAUUUUAUCCUAUCAGGAUGAUGUAACUUCCUCUUCUUGAAGACAAGCUCAACCAAAAGAGUUAUGGUCAUUCAAAUAUUCUGAAAUCUCUUUUUUUCUCCUGCAAGCCAUGUUUGACCUCCAGCUUGUUAAUCUUAAACUCAGAGCCCUGUGCAGUCAGAGGAUCAGAUUCCCAUUAGUAUAUCAGAUAGUUUUUCUCUAACCAAAAAUUAACACUCUUUCACCCUGGAUAACUAUUGCACUUCUGUUGGAUGCUUCAAAACCCCAGAAAUGGAAGUACCAUUGUAAACCAACAAUAUAAAACAGCAGAUAUAAAAAUAGAGCCAACAGAAAACAUGUCAGAUAUUGGUAACUAUUGAGGAUGUUGGUGCUGUAAGUCAAGACUGUGGUUUUGAUUGUCCUCAUAUGUACUCCUGCCUAAGUGAAAUGGUACUCUUGGGAGGACUGUGAAUGUGAAGUGCCCUGGGAAAUUGCAAUACAAAAACUGAGGAAAAGAAUUCAUAAUCAGGAAUGGCCCUAAAAUACGUCUAAACAAACAAACAAAAAAAGAAUCCUCACAAAUGAAACUAGAGUACAAUAUCAAUGUAAAAAUAUUUCUGCUCUUGAAUUUAGAAAUACAAAUUUAGAUACAAACUGGUCAAACAAAGACACUGAUCUUUUGUUAGUCAAUACUGCUCCUAAUGCUUUAAUGGAUUUGGAACAACCAGAAAGCAGUAUUUGUAGAACUGUAGGCUUGAGAGCAGUGGAAAAUGUUAGUGGCUCUGAUGCUGCUGAGAGCAACAUUGGUGAAAUGGCUCCCAUCAUUCAUAUUACAGUAUUAGAUUAUGAGCCACCUCAGAAUCUCCAAGCUUCUAGAUGUUCUGCACCAAGGAAGAACAAUCCCUCUAGCAUGCCAUCUAACCUGGGCUUUAACAUAUUUUCUCACAAACAGAAUGAUGGGCAUGAAGUCAAGAACAGAAGGACCCAAUCUAUUUUAAAAACUAAAACAUGUACUCAGAUGCCUCAAGAUUUCAUUAUUCUGGACAAGAUUUCUAUUCAACAUCAGACAAAUAAAACGAAGAAUCCAAUUUUCCAUGUCCAAGGAAUUUCCUCAAAGUUUCAGAAGAGACAACCUCAGCAGAUGAAAUGCCAUUUUUAUCAAAGCAAUCAGAAACUCCCAAAGCAACUGCUUCCUUGUAUUUCCAAAAACUUUGUUAGCUUAGAACAAGCCAUCACUCCUCUGUCUAUCAGGCAAGCACAGUCUACCUUAGACUUCAUGGAUCUGAAAUAUAGUGACAUGUUUAAAGAAAUACAUUCCAGUGACAAAGGCCCUGGUAUUUAUGAAAUGUUUGGGACUCCAGUAUACUCUCGUGAGCCUACUGGAAGUGAGAGCAGGCGUUGCAGGAAUGUACAUUCUGCUCCAGCUAGGAGACUUAGUACUAUAAAGCACAAAUCUGAUCAUCUCAGCAAGAAAAACAGCAGAGAAAGAAAUACCCAGAGGACAACAUAUCCUAAACCACACAAAAAUCCUCAUGGCAUUAAACAGAAGCAAAAGGAUUUGGCGCCAAGAAAGGCAUCUGAGUUGAAGGGUGCAAGUCAAGUGCAAGAUGAAGACAUAGUCACUACUAGCACAGUUAGGCAAAUAAACAUUUCACAGAAUUCCACACCAGAUGAUGCUCACCAGCUUCCAGGUUCCACAAAGUUUACACAAUCUGCUAAACCAAAUGAAGUUGCCCCUAAUUCAGACUUAGCAGCUAUUGAAGAAGUCUCACUAGAAGACUCUUCAGACGUCGAUGAUGAUUGUGUUCAUCAUAUAUUUGUUACCAGCAUCCAAGAAUUACUUUGGCCACAGGUUAAGGAAAUUACAAAAUAUGCUCCUUUUUUAAGCAGUACAAGAGAAACAAAUGAAAAACAUAUAAAUAACAACAAAUGCUUAAAGUAUGGGAGAACUGAAGCCCCCAAUUGCCCUGUGGAUCAGAAAGCAAGUCAGAAUUUGUGUAGUGGGGAUAAUCAAGGAAAACCCUGUACAUUGUCUUUGGCCAAGGGAGUACCAAGCUUAUCUGAACAAAAUCUCCAGCAGGAAAAUGUUAACAACCGGAAAAUGUUACCAGAGGACUUAUUUUGUUGCUUAGCAGCUGAACUGCUGUCUCUUGAUGGUGCAGAUGCCAGUGGUUCCAGAGCAGUUAUGAAGAAUGAAAAUGGUGAAGAACAAAAGGGAUGCACUGGGAAUAAAGAAGCCACUGCAACAAAUAAUUUAAAUAAUAAGAAUUGCUGUCCAACUGUCCUGGAGCUCAACAGGGAAAAUAGAUGUUUCAGUGCAGUAAUAUUUUCAGAAAGCAGCUUAACUAAUGAAGAUCCUAUCAUGUGGACCAAAGGUGAAAUUCUUGGAAAAGGCGCCUACGGCACAGUGUAUUGUGGACUUACAAGCCAGGGGCAAUUAAUAGCUGUGAAACAAGUAGCACUGGGCAUCUGUGAUCAAGUUGGGACUGAGAAAGAAUACCAGAAAUUGCAAGAAGAAGUUGAGAUUUUGAAAACUCUUGAACACAUCAACAUCGUAGGUUACCUGGGGACAUGUUUAAAAGAUAACGUUGUGAGUAUCUUCAUGGAAUUUGUUCCAGGGGGCUCAAUUUCAAGUAUUAUUCACCGUUUUGGGCCAUUACCUGAAGUAGUCUUUUGUAAAUAUGCAAGACAAAUUUUGCAUGGAGUUGCAUACCUGCAUGAAAAUCAUGUGGUACACAGGGAUAUUAAAGGCAAUAAUGUCAUGCUUAUGCCAAAUGGCGUGAUCAAGCUCAUAGACUUUGGAUGUGCAAAACGUUUGGCAUGUGUAAGUCUGGCUGAUACACGCAGUGAACCACUCAAGUCUGUCCACGGCACUCCUUACUGGAUGGCACCAGAAGUAAUAAAUGAAUCUGGCUAUGGAAGAAAAUCUGAUAUCUGGAGCAUUGGUUGCACUGUAUUUGAGAUGGCUACAGGAAAACCACCACUGGCAUCCAUGGACAGAAUAGCAGCCAUGUUUUAUAUUGGGGCCCACAGGGGACUGAUGCCUUCAAUACCCAGUCAUUGUUCAAGAAAAGCAGCUGAUUUUGUGCAGGCAUGCUUAAUUAGGGACCAGCAUAUGCGGCCUACUGCCCUACAGCUGCUACAGCAUCCAUUUGUAACAGAAAACCCAUAAACUAUGCAAGGCUUCAUAUCAAACAGUGUCAAGCUUGUCUUUUCAUUAAAGGUUAUAUGACUUUAAUCAAACCAAUGGCAGACAAAACUAUAGUAAAUAUCAACACUGCAGAACUAUGUAUAAUUCUAAUUCCUUAUUAUUAAUUUUUAACAUGAUGGGAUGUAUAUAUCUUUUGUAGAUUCUAGCACUCCACCUACCCACUACUGUUAUCUUCCCAAUUCCUAGUGAUGCAGCAACAACGGAAAUCCCAAAUAUGAGAACUGACUGUUUUGGUAACAUGUACCAAUGGGUGCUGAAAUCCACCUGAAAACUCUUAAACUGUGUUAAAGGGAAAUCAUCAGCCAAGGUUAAAAUGUAGUUAGUUAUCUCCCGUUGAUUUUUACAUCAAAAAAAGCACUGAAUUAUGAUUGAUAACAUUGAUGAACUGGACUAUGAAUGCUCAAUUUUGAAAUCUUUAUCCAUUUGUAUUUUCAAUAUUGCAAUCAUAUGAUGUAAAAGAAUAAACUGGUUUGGAGUUUGA